ACAUCUGCGCAUGCUCCGGCAGCUGCUGGCGAGUGAAAGAGGAAAGCGUCAGAGAUUUAAUGUCUUCAGUAGAUGGUUUAAAGUUUCGGUGCCAUGGCUUUUCAGUGUCAGAAGCAAUGCUACAUGAAGGAGUUUGAGACCUCGGUGUUAUCCUGUACUCCAGCAGAGUUGAAAAUCACCGUUAAUGGGAAAAAAGAAACUCUGAAAGGUUUUAGUGUGAUCCUUGAGGACACCUUACUGUUUCCGGAGGGAGGUGGACAGCCAGACGACCGUGGGUUCAUAAAUGACAUCCCUGUGUUACGAGUGACGCGACAUGGACCAGCGGCUAUUCACUUUGUGCAGUCAUCCUUGGAGCCUUUGUCUAAGGUUCAGCUGAAGAUUGAUUGGGAAAGACGAUUUGACCACAUGCAGCAGCAUUCAGGGCAACAUUUAAUUACAGCCAUAGCAGAUUUGAUGUUUGGUUUCAAAACUACUUCAUGGGAGCUGGGCCGGCAGCGUAGUUUCAUUGAACUUGACACGCCUUCUGUGACUGUUGAGCAGGUUGAAACUCUGGAGUUAACAGUAAAUGAGAAAAUCAGGGAGCACAUCCCUGUCAAUGUGCGAGUUCUAUCUGUGGAUGACCCAGAGGUAGAAAAGGUGAGAAGUCGGGGUUUACCAGAUGAUCAUGUAGGCCCAGUCCGAAUUAUCGACAUUGUAGGAAUUGAUGCAAAUAUGUGCUGUGGAACACACGUAUCGAAUCUCAGUCACCUACAGGCCAUUAAAAUUUUAGGGACUGAUAAAGGAAAGAAGAACAAAACAAACUUGAUUUUCCUGGCUGGGAAUAGAGUGCUAAAAUAUGCAGAGAAAAGUUAUGUAGUGGAAAAGGCUUUAACCACCCUUCUCAAGAAUGGCUCAGAGGAACAUGUUGAAGCUGUGGACAAAUUGCAAAAGUCAGUCAAAUUGCUACAGAAGAACAAUCUAAACCUGCUCAGGGAUUUGGCUCUGUUAACAGCAAAAUGCUUCAAGAGUGAUCCGAACAAGGGCAAGUUAUUAGUUUUGCAUAGAAAGGAUGGGGACAAUGAAUUUAUGAACAUUAUAGCAAAUGAAGUUAGUGCUGAGGUAGUACUUCUGUUCCUAACAGUUGGUGAUGAAAAAGGAGCGGGGUUAUUCCUGUUAGCUGGUCAAGUGGAUGCUGUUGAAGCACUAGGAUCAAAGAUUGCUCAAAUCCUUGAUGGAAAAGGUGCUGGAAAACGAGGACGUUAUCAGGGUAAAGCAAACAAGAUGAGCAAACGCCCAGAGGUGGAGGCCCUCCUUCAGCAAUACGUGAGCACACUGGACACGAAAGAGGAAUAAACACGCAAAAUGAAAACUGAUGUAAAUUUACAUGUAUAAUAAUACAUAUAAUCUUUACCUUGCCAGAAAGAAUUCUUCCUCUUAUCUGUUUUCUCAUUUAAUGUUUUCUUGCAAUACACGUGCACUCCACAACUAAAUUUGUAGCCCGAAACUGGUUCUCAAGGGAAGUGGAGUAAGAUUACUUCUUCCAGCGAGUGUCAUUCCUUUUUCUUGCAUGUUGGGCAAGGUCAUGACUCCAGAUUCAGGCUUUAUUUACACUGGAACUAUGGGGUCAAUGUGAAGUGAAGCUGCUUUGCGUCAACACGACGAUAAAAGUGUGAAUGCACCCAUAAUCACUCCAUUCACAAAUGAACAAAGUUUUAUGCUAAUCUGUACUUGGCGUGCAGUACAAUAAAUCCAUCCUUUCUGUCUUUAAA